AUGCCUGCUGCAUCAUUGCCUUGGGCAAACUGGCGCUCGUAUUACUACAGCCCAGCUGUAUGUCCCUAUGCUUGGACCACAGUAAAAGAAUUCACGUCCUGGGCUCCACAAUACGGCCUUUUAUUCUUCACGCUCAGACCCGAGACCACAGCCGCGCUAUGCUGUCCUCCCGGCUACAAGUACGGAAACGACGGCCAAGCCUUCCACUUCGUCCAAUACACAACCAAUGGUCUAAACUUCCUGCCCGGAUCCACGGUCUACACCAAGGCGUCGACGAAUAUACCGGUCUGGGGUGAUGGCGUUGGUAUAUUCCUAGUGGCGAUUACCAGUCUCGCCAUCGGCGUCUUCCUCUGGAAGAUGCGACGGAGACGCAAAAACCCAGAUAUCAGUAAUUACCACAGCGGCGUCUUACAUGAAAAAGGAAGAAAUGCGGAAUGCAAAGAAACAACACCCGGGGCUAGAGAGCUGCAUGAGCAUGGAGCGGAGGAGAUACAUGAGCACGGAGCCGAGCAACUGCAUGAGCUACCAGGAGCAUAUCACAAUCUGCCUGAGCUACAGGGUCUACCAGAAGCAUACCACAACCGCCAUGAGCUCGAGUAA